AUGGAUAAUCACACUUCUGGCCAGAGCAACAAGCCUUUAACUAAACCAGCACAUGCCCUUGGACGGGAUCAUCUAGUCCAGCAAUUAGAGGGUGACACUCAGAAUGGUCUGACCGCAGCAGAAACCCGUCAGAGAUUGGGGACCUACGGCCGCAACGAAUUGGAUGACGGUCCACGCGUCCAGCCAUUCAAAAUUCUCCUGCGUCAGAUUGCUAACGCGAUGAUGCUGGUCUUGAUACUGGCUAUGGCAGUUUCUUUCGGAAUUCAGUCCUGGAUUGAGGGAGGCGUGGUCACGGCUGUGAUAGUUCUCAAUAUCGUUGUCGGCUUCCUCCAAGAAUUUCAGGCCGAGAAAACGAUGGACUCGCUGCGGUCACUGUCUUCCCCGACCGCUACAGUUGUCCGUGACGGUGGCAACCUCACCAUUCCUACGGCAGAGCUUACUAUUGGUGACCUUGUCGAGCUCAAGGUCGGUGACACAGUCCCUGCAGACAUUCGACUGCUGGAAUCUAUCAACUUCGAGACCGAUGAAGCCCUUCUCACCGGAGAAUCUCUACCUGUUGCCAAGAAUGAGGAAGCUAUGUUCGAUGAAGAGACGGGUCCUGGGGACCGACUGAACAUUGCGUUCAGUUCUUCCACAGUUACAAAAGGUCGAGCCAGAGGAAUAGUCUUUGCGACUGGUAUGUACACGGAGAUUGGGUCAAUAGCAACAGCCCUCCGACAGAAAGAUCCCAAAAUCCGCCCGGCUAAGCGACGCGAGAACGGCACCGUACACCCCUUACGCUACGUUGAGUCCUGGACGCUAACAUUUACCGAUUCUGUCGGCCGUUUCCUCGGUGUCAAUGUGGGCACACCACUUCAGAAGAAGCUCUCUCGCUUAGCAAUCCUGCUUUUCGGAAUUGCUGUUGUCUGCGCUAUCAUUGUCCUUGCCGCCAAUGGGUUCUCUGACCGCUCCGAGGUCAUCAUCUACGCUGUGGCUACGGGUCUCUCCAUGAUCCCGGCGUCGUUGAUUGUGGUCCUUACAAUCACAAUGGCUGUAGCUACGAAGAGAAUGGUCCAGCGAAACGUCAUUGUACGGAACCUUAAAUCGUUGGAAGCCCUCGGUGCUGUCACGGACAUUUGCUCGGACAAGACUGGAACUCUUACUCAGGGAAAAAUGGUUGCCAAAAAGUGCUGGAUCCCCGCAAGUGGCACCUACACGGUCAGCACGUCCAAUGAGCCUUUCAAUCCCACUAUUGGAGAAGUGACGCACACCGAGGCUGCUCCUGCCAAAAGAAAUGAAAAGCAUCCCGAAGACCGUCCCAUCGUCGAGCCCAAUAAGUUGUUGGAAGAUAAUGACGAGUUGAGGGAUUUCCUUCUUGUGGCUUCCCUUUGUAAUCUUGCUCAGGUUCACCUUAACAAGGAGGGAGAGUGGGUUGCCAUUGGCGACCCGACAGAAAUUGCAAUUCAGGUCUUCGCAUACCGGUUUGGAUUCAACAGACAAAGAUUCCUCGACCCGAAGCAUGCUACAUUGAAAGAAGUCAGUGAGUAUCCGUUUGACUCGGACGUGAAAAGAAUGUCGACCGUCUUCGAGGACCUCCAGACAAAGGAACAAAUGGUCUAUACUAAGGGUGCGGUCGAACGCGUCAUCGACGCUUGUACUAGCAUCAACUGGUCUAGGACAGGAGUGAUUGAUCUAUCAGGCGAGAUGAAGACAGCGAUUCUGGAGAACAUGGAAGCGCUAGCCGCUCAGGGUUUGCGCGUUCUCGCCCUUGCAAGCCGUCCGUACAGUCCCCAAGACGGUCGACGUGCCAGUCGAGAAGGUCCUCCCCCGCGAGAGGAAGUCGAGAGAAAUCUCAUUUUCCGCGGCUUAAUUGGCCUCUAUGAUCCUCCACGGCCGGAAUCUGCGGAUGCGGUCCAAAGCUGCCACCGCGCAGGAGUGAAAGUCCACAUGUUGACAGGCGACCAUCCCGGCACUGCUCGUGCCAUUGCUGCGCAGGUCGGCAUUCUCCCGACUGAUCGUUCUCUAAUCUCCCAACGAUCUUCUCAAGUUAUGGUUAUGACUGCAAAAGAGUUCGAUCACCUCAAUGACGAACAGCUGGACGAACUUCCAGCCUUACCCUUGGUUGUCGCUCGAUGUGCCCCAAACACCAAAGUACGAAUGAUACAAGCCCUCCGUCGACGAGGGGCUUUUAUGGCUAUGACCGGUGACGGAGUGAAUGACUCUCCCUCGCUAAAAAUCGCCGAUGUUGGCAUCGCCAUGGGGCAAGGAGGUUCCGACGUGGCCAAGGAUGCUUCUGACAUUGUCCUGACGGAUGAUAACUUUGCCUCAAUCCUGAAUGCCGUCGAGGAAGGGCGCCGAAUGUUCGAUAACAUUCAAAAGUUUAUCCUCCACCUCCUGGCAGAGAAUAUUGCUCAAGCUUGCACGUUACUUAUCGGGUUGGCAUUCAAAGACGUCUCAGGCCUCUCUGUCUUCCCUCUGGCUCCGGUUCAAAUUAUGUGGGUUAUAAUGAUCACGUCUGGUCUGCCCGACAUGGGUCUAGGGCUGGAGAUUGCCGCACCCGAUAUCCUGAAAAGGCCACCCGUUUCGCUGAAAGCGGGCAUCUUCACUUGGGAACUUUGCUUUGAUAUGCUUGUCUACGGCUUGUGGAUGUCGGCGCUAUGUCUAUCAUCCUUCCUUCUGGUAGUUUAUGGGUUUGGAGAUGGAGAUCUCGGUGUCAAUUGCAACCAGUCCUACUCUCCGCAAUGCGACACUGUCUUCCGGGGUCGAGCCACUACUUUUGUCAGCCUCACCUGGUUUGCCCUGUUCCUCGCCUGGGAAAUGGUCGACAUGCGCCGAAGUUUCUUCCUCAUGCAGCCCGGCAGCAAGAGGUACUUGACGCAAUGGAUGCAUGACGUGUGGCGCAACCAGUUCUUAUUCUGGGCCGUCGUUGCAGGCUUCGUGACCAUAUUUCCCACCAUAUACAUUCCGGUCAUCAACCACAGCGUGUUUAAGCACACUGGUAUUUCAUGGGAGUGGGGCAUCGUCUUCGUCGAGGCCGUUCUCUUUUUCCUGGGCUGCGAGGCGUGGAAGUGGGCGAAGAGGAUAUACUUCCGCCGAUCGGGAGCCCGACUCGGUUCGGGUCCCAGCGACUUGGAGAGAUUCGUGUAUUCAGAAUUCGCCGCCUUCGAAGAGUCGGACAGCGGAGGAGCCAGCUCCCUUCACGGGGCGGUGAAUUCAGAGGAGCCAAAAUGCUAGUAGACGGAGUGUAGCUACGUGUGAUGCACCACGCGAACGCAGGGCAUACACGAUAUCAGUUGUAUAGAUAACGGACCGCUGGGGGGCUGAUAUGCACACGUCUUGUCAAGCUAAGAGAAUGCAUGGAGAUUCAACCAGCAAGUAAGAGUGAGAAACGAAAUGUGAGGACAGAGGACGGUAUUUCGCCCAUGACAGGAGGAUGUCUUUCCAAUAUAUAGGGGCAUAUUGGAGAGUGCUACUGGACAAAGGGAAAGAAUCAAAAUUGGUCCCAUUAGAAAGCGGGAGUAACAAACGACAAAUGCUUGAUAUAAUCUAGGAGGAAGCUGAG